AUGUCCCGCCGUCUCCUCAUAGCUCGCCCCGGGCACAUCUACCUCGCCACAUACUCCUCCUCCUCCGCCUCCACCAUCCCCCAUAUCAAGAUCGACCUGGACCUCCCCUUCGCCGGCAAUCCCUCCUGGAUCGCCAUUCACCCCACAGACCGCAGCCUCCUCUACGCAGUCGACGAAAGCGGCUCAUCGCUGCACCUCUUCGAACUGAAUCUCAAGUCCAGCAAGCUCACGCAGAUCGCCCAGCGCGACAACGCCAGCAAAGGCGUCUGCCACCUCGAGUUCAACAAGCAAGGGACCCUCCUCCUGGGGUCCGCCUACGCAGAAGGCGCCAUCGACAUCUGGAACACGGAAGACCCGCGCGAGCCGCAGCUCGUGAUGACGCUGCCGUCGAAAGAUCCCGUCGUCGACGCGGGGAGGGUUCCGCAUGCGCACCAGGCCGUGGUUGAUCCGACGGGGCGCUUCUUCGUGGUGAACGACCUGGGGACGGAUUCCAUGCUCGUGCUGGACGCGCUGAGGCCGCAUGUCCCUGUCGUGCGGAGGGUGACUGUCGAGUCUGGGUCUGGGCCGAGGCACGGCGUGUUUUACCCUGGUGCUGCGGAGGGGGAGGUGGAAAAGGCGGCGACGCAUUACUUUUUGCUGUGCGAGACGAGUAAUCGGGUGGAAGUUUUUGAGCUCAAGUACAGGGAGGGGGAUAUCGAGUUUACGCCUGCGGGGAGCUAUUCUACGUUUGUUAUGAGUGAUGGGGAUGGAGAGGAGGGAGUGCCGAAGAGGGGGGCUUUUGCGGCGGCGGGGGAGAUUGUGUUGUCGAAGGAUAGCAGGCAUCUUUACACGUCGAAUCGGCUGACGACGGAUCCGACGGAGACGAUUGCCCAUUUCCGGAUCAUUACGGCUGAUGAAGAUGAUGGUGAUGGCGACAAGGAAGGGGGAGGACUGAAGCUGGAGCUGGUGGGGGAGACGUCGACGAGGGGGAAGCACCCGCGCAUGUUCAGCCUGAGCAGGGACGGGAGCGAGCUGUUUGUGGGCAACCAGGAGGGCGAGUGGGCGUUGGUGGUGUUGCGGCGGAGGGAGGAGGACGGGACGUUGGAGGAGGAACCUGUGGCGGGCAUCUUGAUGGAGGAUCUUGUUGCCAAGGGGAGUGAUGAGAAGGGGCCCAUGUUUGUGCUGGAGGUGGAGUGA